GUGUGCAUCAAGUGGACCUGGAGGUGACAACAGAUGGGUCGCAGCAGGCAGAAGCGGAGAGAUCCGUGUAUGACAAGACUUCAACACAACGAUCAGGAUGAUUUCCUGUGACGAUUAUGGAUUUAAUUCGCUAUCAUAAUUUUGAAUUACUUGCGUGCGCUAUUCUCAUCUCGUCACUGUUCGUGAUAGGUGGUGCAUCUCCUGACAGGCUGCCUUCCCCAGUGGACCAGUGCGCUCCAAACCCGUGUCAAAACAGGGCAAUAUGCAGAAUCCGCGGGGACGGCUACUCGUGCUUCUGUGUGCCGGGGUUCCAGGGCGCUCGCUGUCAGAUUGACGUGAACGAGUGUGCUUCACAGCCCUGCUGGAACGGAGCCACAUGCGUGGACAGAGUGGGCAGGUUCUCCUGUCUGUGUUCUCCUGGGUUCACUGGGGCCAUUUGCGAGGUUCAGAUUGAUGAGUGUCAAUCACAGCCAUGUCUCAAUGGCGGCAGUUGCCAGGACUACGUCCGUGGCUUCUCCUGCACCUGCCGGCCCGGUUUCCAAGGACAUCGAUGCGAAAUCAACGUUGACGAGUGCCAAGAGCAUUCAUGCCAAAAUGGGGCUCUGUGUGUAGAUGCAGAGAACGACUACAGCUGUGACUGCUCUCACACAGCCUUCACUGGCAGACUCUGUGAGACACCACUACUACCGUGCCUCUCUGAGCCCUGCUUCAACAGCGCCAUCUGUAAGGACAACCAGGGUAACUACAGCUGUGAAUGCUGGCCAGGGUUUGAGGGGCGCCAGUGUGAUAUUGACAUCAAUGAGUGUGGCAGCAACCCUUGCAUGCAUGGAGGCCGCUGCAUUGAGAGGUCGUGGCAGGUUCUGUACGGCAGCGAGCCUCUGCUUCCUGAACACUAUGACCAGCAGCAUGCUGCAGGCUACAUCUGCAGCUGUCCUCUAGGAUCGACUGGUUCCCUCUGCCAGGAGGUGAUAAACCAGUGUGAUCCCAUUCCCUGCCAGAAUGGGGGCAGGUGUGAGAGCCAUGUUGAGGGCUACGUUUGCCACUGCCUCCAACAGAGUCCUGAUGGUGUCCUCUAUGGAGGUGUAAACUGUGAGGCGAGGCUAGUGGGCUGUAAGGGACAUGAAUGCCAGAACCAAGGCUCCUGCUCUCCUUUCUUGUUGGAUGGGACUCAGGGAUACACCUGUUCCUGCUCACCUGGUCACACUGGACCCCUCUGUCAGACCCCCACCACCUUCUCCUUUGAACGCAGAGGCUACCUGCUGCUGCAGAGUCCCCUGGUGGACACCGUAGAGUCCUGCAACAUCACCCUAAGCUUCAAGACUACUCUGCCCAAAGCGUUGUUGUUCCAGCGCAACAGCAGGGGGCUGCUGUUGCGCCUGGAGCUGGACGAAGGGCAGCUUCGUCUCUCACUGAGGAAGGACGCCUCUGUUGGGGCUGAGGCAGAAAGCCCAAACCAGUUCCUGGAGAUUCCACACAAUGUCACAGAUGGACAAUGGCAUUCUGUGAAGGCUGUGCUUGGAAGUGGGAUGCUCAGUCUGACACUCUUGGAUGAUGCUGGGAGCUGUAGGAGCCAGUGGUGCCACAAGGUGGCCCAAGUCCACAGCACCCUGGCCAUCCUGGCGUCAUCUCCUCAGGACACUUUCAUUGGAGGAGUGCUUCAGGAGUCAAACGGCCACAGUGAGGACUCUCCACUUCCAGCAUUUAUUGGCUGCAUGCGGGAUGUGUUUGUGGACUGGCAGCUCGUGGUCCCAGAGGAUUGGCUGAGCGACUCUGCUGUUAAUGUGUCCCUUGGCUGCAGCCACAGGGACCGCUGCCUGGACGUGCCUUGCCAAAACAGAGGAGAGUGUGUCAACCUGUGGCAGAGCUACCAGUGCCGAUGCCUGAGGCCUUAUGAGGGGCAGGACUGUGAGGAGGAACACGUGACCGCACGCUUCGGGAAUGAGGACUCUCACAGUUAUGCAGCGUUCACUGUCACCGAUGAUCUGGAUGACGACUUCUCCAUCUCCCUCUUCCUGCGUACACGGAGGCACCACGGACUCCUCCUGGCGCUCGCCAACAGCAGCAGCAGCCAGUACCUGCACAUGUGGCUGGAGAACGGCAAGGUCACAGUUCAGCUGAAUAACCUUGAGAGUCUGAAGGCACAGAGUGCAAUUGAUGACGGGGAAGUCCACUUUGUGAGUGUACAGGUGGUGGAGCAUCGUAUGUCUCUGUAUGUAGACGCUCAAAAACAGGGUGUCGUGGAAGUCAGGACAGUCAAUGUCCAAGCAGGACAUACUGUGUAUGUGGGAGGCCUGUUGGACAGUUGGACCACUUCAGUGUUUGGUGGAUAUUUUAAAGGCUGUAUCCAGGACCUGAGGAUCAACGACAGGCGGCUGCAGUUCUUUGGGUUGGACACCUCAGUGAGAUCUUAUCUUCGGGAGCUCAUGGAAAAUGUGACUGCUGGAUGUACAGGGGACAAUGCCUGUGGUACGAACCCUUGUCUCAACGGUGGGAUGUGUUACUCCAUGUGGGAUGACUUCACCUGCACCUGCCCUCCCAAGACAGCAGGGCCGCGCUGUGAAGAGGUCAGGUGGUGCGAGCUGUCACCCUGCCCCACAGACUCAGAGUGCAGGAUGCUGAACCGGGGAUAUGAAUGCUACUCCAAUGCAACCUUCCUGAAUGACAGCACUUUGUUGUCCUACCGGGGAAACGGUCACAUAUCCCGCAACCUAACUAACCUCUCCCUAAACCUACGCACGCGAAAGCGCAACACAGCUAUUCUCCACGCAGAGAAGGGCUCAACGUUCAUUACACUCUCCGUCCAGGGCGGUUUCCUCUUCAUGGAGCUGCAGAGUCCCACCGAAGAGGAGGAGGAGGGAGAGCAGGGUGUGUCUACGGUCAGCCUCAGCAGCAGGACGAGUGUUAGUGACGGUGAGUGGCACAGCAUCCACCUGUUCAUGGCAGCGCCAUGGGCACAAACCUCCCGCUGGACUCUGGUGCUGGAUGAAGGAAUAGAGUACGCCAGCACUUCCAGGAGCCAAGGAGGCAACCUGAACUUCCUCAGGCAGGGGGUGGACAUCUUCUUAGGGGGCCUGGCCCCUGACGCUGGGUGGUCCCUCGUCGGGUGCCUGGGCACAGUAGAGCUAGGUGGCAUUGCCCUGCCUUACUUUGGCUCCUCCGAUGUGAACCUCCCACGCCUGCAGGAGGAGCAGUUCAUCCCGACAUCACAGCAACCACCGCUCCUCGGCUGCAGCGGGGGCCCCGUGUGCGAGCCCAACCCCUGCCUGAACGGAGGGGAGUGCCAGGACCUCUUCAACACCUACAACUGCAGCUGUGCCGAAGGCUGGGCCGGGAGACGCUGCGGCUUCUUCAGCGACACCUGCGCUUCCAAUCCCUGCGCUCACGGCAACUGCAGCGUGAACGGGCUGACCUACGAGUGCACCUGUGAGUCCGGCUACGCAGGUGACAACUGUGAUGAGGAGGUGGAUAUAUGUGAGAAUCACCUGUGUGCCCAUGGAGGCACCUGUCUGCAUGGGCCAGACAGGUACGCCUGCCUCUGCCAUGAGAACUACACUGGACCCCUUUGCAGUGAACGCAUUGAAGAAAUUCCGUGGUACAUUGUUGUCAAAAAAAAACGGCCUAAGCUGCCUGUUUCUGUGUGCGGCGAUGACAUCAGAAACUACACCUGCUUCAAUGGAGGCAACUGCACUGACAGAGAGCUGUACUGUGACUGUCAACCUGGCUUCAUUGGACACCGGUGUGAGCAGGAGGUGGACGAGUGCAGGUCCAACCCCUGUCUGAAUGGAGGCUACUGCCGCAACCUCAUCAACCAGUUUGUGUGCGUGUGCGACAUGAGCUUCGCUGGAAUCACGUGUCAGACGGACUUGACCGCUGAGGGUUUGACCUCUGACCUCUUACUGUCCAUCAGUCUGGCGUCUGUCGUCCUGCUGCUGGUUCUCAUCCUCACCUCCGUCAGCCUGGUGGUGGCGCUAAAUCGCCGUGCCACCCACGGAACCUACAGUCCCAGCCGGCAGGAGAAGGAGGGAUCCCGGGUGGAGAUGUGGAGCAUCACCCAGCCGCCGCCUAUGGAGAGACUCAUAUGAGCUGCAGGCGGGGGCUGUGUUUACAUGCAGGGUGGUAAUGAAGGAGCUGAUGCUAGAAAUACAGCCUGCAUGUAAACAUGGUCUUCCCCCUCACAGUACCUCCAUUUUAAAUUACUGCCAUCUUUCUUCACAGGCUGGAAGACUGUCUGAGAUUUCGUGACACUAUUUCUGUGUAAUCGUAUAUAUAUCCCAGUGCUGCAUCCAUCUUCCUGUGAUGUUCUGCACCUGGCUUCACCACCCAGGAGUACAUCCAUCAAAAUGCAGAAAGAUUUUUAGCUCAGAACGUAUCGGGUCUGCCACAGGUUGUGUCUGAUCCAUAUUUUUUAGGAUUGAUGGACCGGUGAGCACUGAAAAGGAAAAUCGUGGCAGAAUUUGAGACACACAAGAACAUUGUGUUAAAGCGUCAUCUAGAAACGGGCAGAAUGAGUCAGAACGUGCUUCGUUUAAAGGAGAAGGCUGGUGGUAUCCUAUGUUUUUCUUAUUGUCACGGAGUGAUCGAAAGCAAUGAUUGGUUAGUCUGUCGUUCAAAAAACAACAAAGGUAUUUUAAAACUGAAGAGUGAAAAAGGCUCAGUAAUUCUCUUCGAUAUUUGGAAACUGUAGUUUUUAAGCAAACAUUACUCAAACAGAAGUUUGAACUGUUCAUUUAUAGGAGACUAUUUUCAGCAGAGGAUUAAUACACAUUUGGUGCUCAAGUGAGUAUUUACUUCAACAGGACAGUGUUUGUGUGAUUGGCUCAAGAUGAACUACAGUGCCCUGAAUCAUAGUGAAGGAACACGUGGAACCAUAAUGGAGCUCUAUGGCUCGGAGGUAAAAGGCUAAACUUGUUAGUAAAAUCAACUCGGUGUUUGUAUUGGUCUUUUCAUGGGAUUUGUUUACAGUAAGAAAAAUAUAGAAUAUCACGAGACCUAUACUUAAAAUUCAUGAACGUAACCGUGUGUAUUUACUGCUGGAGAACACCUUUCUAGCUCUAGCUCUUGUUGCCAGUUUUGAUUUAUUUUCAGUGAACAUUUCCACUUGACUUUCCAAACUGUACCGACAGAAUAAUAUACUUCAAGUCAGGUUUCAGGAUAAGUUGCACUAGUCGAGAAUUGUUUCUUCUAGGCCGACUUGUAUGUUGUUAGGAACAAGAACCGUCUUGACUGCAGUGUAAUUAUAAGUGUAUAUACCAUAAUUAUAAUUUUGUUUAUAACUGAGAAUUUCAUUUCUACCUUUAAUUGAUGGAAACUGUACAUAGAAGUUGUGCUAGUUAAAGUUAAUUUAUCGUAUGUGGACAAGUGAUCAUAGGUCUAUUUAGAAACCGUGCGGUGUUAGAGAGGAUUAGCAUGUUUGCUUUCGUGUUUGCCAAAUCAAUAAGCCAAUGCAAUGAUAUUAAUUAUCUCGCACACAAUAACAAUAACACUGCACUAUUAAAUAAACCAGCACUCUGUGUGAAUACGCAAUACAGCAGCCUGACUAUAAAAUGUGUUGUUUCUUUCCACAUACUCUGCUUCUAUCUGUUAAUAGACAGACUCAUUUUGGUAUAAAAACAACGAGAUGUAUAAGCAUUAAACACUAUCAUUUAUUUUCAGUUCACAGUGCAUACAUUGUGUGCAGUUGUACCAAGUUACUCAUCAACAGCACAUUAGAUUGAUCUCAGUUGUUUAAGACAGUUGUUUUCUCUGCAAUGAGAACAUGCAAGUGAGCACAGAAUCAAAGAAAUCAGUAAAUGCAAUACCGAAGAGUUAAUCAUCAUGACGACACCCAAAAAGACUGAAAUAAAGUCGCAUACUGUAAUUCGUCCAAAGUGGUCACUAUACUGGAGAUGUGUUGUUUUUUUGUCUUAAAUGUGGAGCGAGGGGCAAGUAAUGAUAUCUUUGUAAAGUCCAUAGUACCUCUGUAAACACUGCUACAUAAUCACCGCCAACUCACUCCAAAUUUGUAAUUUCAGGACAUUUAUACUUUAUAUUCAUAAAUUACUUCACACUGUAUUUGUUUGCAGUUAUCUUCAGUUAUCACAAGUCAUUUCUUUGUUACUAAGUUACUCAGUAUUUCUUCCCACAAAGCUCUUCAGUUAGAUUGACAGUAGCCAAAGUAGAAACACAUGAAAUGCAAGGCAGAUGACACGAACUCCACAAUACCCAAUGCAAGGCAGGAUGAGUGUGUGGUGCCAGACCCAAACUUAUUUCCAUCAUUCUCGAUUUGACGGAAGCGCUAAAUACUGAAAUAAUAAUUAAUACCAACAGAAUAAAAAAAUCAUAGCAUUCAACACAUAACAUGCAGAUACAACAAUACACAUUGUACCGCGUACAAGCAAGUGUCAUUCUCUGCUUAUUUUGAUUAGAAGGUUUCAAAUGCUUCUGAACAUGAACGGCUACGUCAGACAUUUGUUAAUGUUCUCUCUAUUUCUUCUUCCAAAAAUAAAAUCUAAAACAUUCAAAUAUUAGGUGUCUUUUAUUUCAUUUUUUAAACAUAGAGCACCAAUCAUAUAUUAUCCAUGGAAAAUAAACUCAAGCCAGCAAAAAUACACAUCUAUUCAGUUGAAAAUAAUUGUUUUCAUCAAUAUGAACUCGACUAGAGAGACUCCUCCGAGAAACGUCUUUCAAAACAAAAACAAGCUCAGAAUGAGUGUUUAAAGAAAAGAGAGAAAAGAGAGAAAAGAAAUAGAAGCACAUGAACAAUACAAUGAAUCACCUCAUAGUACAAUCAAAGAAAGAACCUAACUGACAAAAAGUCAAAUAACCCAGAGAAAUUCAAAGAGGUUCUAUUAAAUACAGGCAGGAAGAUUCCCACCGACCAAAGCAAAGCAC